CGCGCCGCCGCCAUCUUGCCCCGGGAGCGGGCCCGCCGCCAUGGAGGCGGGCGCGGGCGGGCGCAAGGAGCGGCCCAAGCCUCGGGAGCCGGCGGCGCGGCUGGAGCGGGCCCGGCAGAGAGCGGCGCAGCAGGAGCUCAAGCAGCGGCAACGGGCGGAGAUCUAUGCCCUGAACCGGGUGAUGACGGAGCUGGAGCAGCAGCAGUUCGACUCCUUCUGCAGGCAGAUGCAGGCGUCGGGCGAGUGAGCCCCGGCCCCCUCCCACCCGCCUUAUUUAUUAGCAAAGAGCCCCUUGCUCUGGGGGGGUUCCUAAAUAAACCCUCUGCUGGUCC